CCACCUGCAGGAAGAGCUCUUGCUCCUGCCCAGCCUGUUCCUGGCUCAUCCCUGUGCCAGCAGCUCAGCUGCUCCAUGGUUUUGUCUGUCCCCUCCAGGUCCCCCCAAGGCUUUGGGACCCACUCAGCAUUCCCAGGAGCACAGCGGUGUUUGGGAGGAUCUGCCAGCCCACAGGGCAGUUUCCAGGGCCUGCAGGUUCCUUGGGAAUUACAGCCAGGAGAUAAGCAAGAAUUUUCCACCUGAACUUUCCAGCUUGGAGCUGGGAGCUGCUGGGACAGGCCAGGGAACUCAGCCAGUGCCCCCACCAUGCCUGGAAAGAGGUCCAGGUGCUCCUACACCCGGCUGGAGGUGAUCCUGAUCGUGUGCCUGGUGCUGAUGAUCUCCCUCACCGUGGUGCUCCUGGUGCUGCACUUCCUCGCCAAAAACACCGAUGAUUGCACCAGCAACACAGCAGAAGAGGCAAAGUACUUGGUGGGUGUUGGCAGAGCUGACUGCACAGGGCCUGUGGCACAGGUGCCUCUGAUGGGAUAUGCCAACCCCGACCAGCUGGGCGGGGGGCUCCUCUCACGCCUCUACAGCCGAGCCUUCAUCGUGGCAGAGCCCGAGGGCUCCCGGCGCGUCGUGUUCGUCAGCGCCGACAUCGGGAUGGUGUCCCAGAGAGUGAGGCUGGAGGUGCUGAAGCAGCUGCGGAGCAAGUACGGCGAGCUGUACCGGCAGGACAACGUCAUCCUCAGCGGGACCCACACGCACUCGGGGCCUGCAGGGUACUUCCAGUACACCCUCUUCUGGAUCACCAGCAAGGGGCUCAUCCGGCCAGCCCUCAGCUCCAUUGUGAAUGGCAUUGUGAAGAGCAUAGACAUUGCCCAUGAGAACAUGAAGAGAGGAAGGCUCUUUAUAAACAGAGGCACAGUAGAAAACAGCCAGAUCAACCGCAGCCCUUUCUCCUACCUCGCGAACCCAGAGUCCGAGCGGAAGAGGUAUUCAUCCAACACGGAUAAAGAAAUGGUGCUGCUGAAGAUGGUGGAUGAGAAUGGACACGAGCUGGGCCUCAUCAGCUGGUUUGCCGUGCACCCGGUGAGCAUGAACAACUCCAACCACCUGGUGAACAGUGACAACGUGGGCUAUGCCUCCUACCUGUUUGAGCAGGAGAAGAACAAGGGAAAGCUCCCGGGAGAGGGCUCCUUCGUGGCCGCCUUUGCCUCGUCCAACCUGGGAGACGUGUCCCCCAACACGCGGGGCCCCUUCUGCGCCAACACGGGCGAGUCGUGUGACAACCCCCAGAGCAGCUGUCCCGUCGGAGGGGCAGCCAUGUGCAUGGCCAAGGGGCCCGGCAACGAUAUGUUUGAGAGCACCAGGAUUAUAGGGCAAAACCUCUACUUGAAAGCAAAGGAGCUGUAUGAAAAAGCCUCCCAGGAGGUGACAGGACCCCUGAGCUCAGCCCACCAGUGGGUGAAAAUGAGUAACGUGUCCGUGGAGCUCAACGCCACCCACACGGUCAAAACCUGCAAACCAGCCCUGGGGCACAGCUUUGCUGCGGGGACUAUUGAUGGAGUGGGGGCUUUCAACUUCACCCAAGGCUCAGUGGAAGGGGACCCGUUUUGGGAUCAAAUCCGGGACCAGCUGCUGGGAGUGCCAUCGAACGAGACCAUAGCCUGCCACAAACCCAAGCCCAUCCUCUUCAACACGGGAGAGAUGAACUGGCCCCACCCCUGGCACCCGGACAUCGUGGAUGUGCAGAUUGCUGCCAUCGGGUCCCUGGCAAUCCUUGCUGUGCCCGGGGAGUUCACGACCAUGUCUGGACGCAGGCUGAGGGAGGCUGUUCAAAGGGAAUUUAAUUCCCAUGGGACACGAGGGAUGAACGUUGUGAUUGCAGGUCUGUGCAAUGUCUACACCCACUACAUCACCACCUAUGAGGAAUACCAGGUUCAACGAUACGAGGCUGCCUCCACUAUUUAUGGGCCACACACCCUUUCUGCUUACAUCCAGCUGUUCAGGGGCCUGGCCAAGGCUAUUGCUCUGAAUGCCACUCAGGAGCUCUCCCCUGGCCCAGAGCCCCCACUUUUCAACGUAACCAACCUGACCCUGCUGCCUUCUCUCAGCGCCGAGAACGCGCCGACCAACAAAACCUUUGGGGAUGUGCUGGAGGAAGUGAGACCACAAUAUCGAGAGAGAGAAGUUGCAAAAGUGACUUUUGUGGGUGCAAACCCCAGGAACUCAGCAGAGAAUGCGACUGAACAUAACUUCCUGACAGUGGAGAGGUACUCCCACAUUUCCAGCAGCUGGCACGUGGUGCUGAACGACGCCUCCUGGGACACCAGGUUUUACUGGAGCAAAGGAUCCCGUGGCCAGAGCAACGUGACCAUUGAGUGGCACAUCCCGGCUGGCACGGAGCCCGGCGUGUACCGGCUCCGCUACUUCGGGCACUACAAGAAGAGGGUGUCCCUCCUCCGUGUCAUCAGCGUCCCCUUUGAGGGCUCAUCCUCAGCAUUUCAAAUCACAGCUCCAUAGCUGACCCCGUUCCCUAAAGGAACAGGCAGGAGAUUUGGUGUCUGGGCUAUGCAGGGGUUGGACUUGGAUGGUUCUUGUGGGUUCUCUCCACCUCCAGAUGAUUCCGUGAUGUUCUGGACAUCACUGCUGCCCCUUGGGUGCUGCUGGUGCUCAUUUGAUGUGCAAACCUCGACUUCCUGGGAAGUUUUGGCUUUUCCCUGCAGCUGAGUUCCCUCAUGUGUCCUCAGUCAAGCGGUUUCUGUCCUGGCCAGGCCAGGUUUCAGCUGAUUUUUAUUGUAAUGAUGAUGUAAAUUCUUCUUUACUCAUUAAACUUGUGCCUACUGAUGGUGAA